UUGGCAAGCUGCUGCUCUGAAAAGGGGAACAGAGAGGAGAGGCCAUACAUUUCAGACUCACACCCUAAAAACGCACAACAACUAACUACACACACUCAACACACAUAGGCCUACAUAACACUGUGAACCCUUCACUCAAAUGCUGACACAUACUGUAUGUCCUCACAAAGGAGCAGCAGAGUUCACGGAGCACUUUGGUGUAAGUAUUCUUCACUCGUUUCCCUUUUUCAUGCACAUCACCUGCACAAGAUUCUACUUCCUCCUGCAGUUAUAUUGAGCGGUUUCACUAAAUCAACACUGUAGUUAAGUGUGUAAUGUGAUUCUGUAGUUGCUGAAAUGUGACCUGUGAAUUAGUCAGCAGGUUUAGAUGGCAGUUAGUGGUGAAUUCUAACAUCUCCUCCAUGUGGCAUUUGUAAUAUGUUGAGUUUUCCUUUUGUGAGUUUGAGUGAAGGCUGAUGGUGAUGUUGUAAGGCUCUUAGUAAGGUAAAUGCAUAUUUUAUUUAUAUUAAUUUAAGACGUUGUGCAAAAAUAUAAUGUAUUGGGGGGUUUAAUUACCUAACAAAUGUUAGGAUGUAACAAUAAAAUCCCUAGAAACAGAAGAAAUAGAAUCCUUCUGAAGUGAUGUUUAACAUCUUGCAUCAGCUGAAGGUGGAAGAAGGUUUGUCACACAGCUGGUCUAGUUGAGAUAGCAAACAUAAUUAAUCAUUCUAUAGCAUAGAUCUUUUAGAAAAAAAUCUCAAAGAUUAAACAUAUUUUUGUCUCAUUUAAAAAUAUAAAUAUAUGACAUGUGAUAUGAGAAUAAAGAUGGGCAAUAACCCUUUAUCACCAAACAUCAGAUAUACUUACACAUCAUCAAUAUUACUGUUUUAUAUACCAGUUGUGCAAUAUCAUGUAAAUCUAACCCAGGAGUAUUUAAUAUACCCAACCAAGAAUUAUACUGUACAUAUAUGUGUUAACUUGCAUAAUACUUCACAUCAACUACCUAUGUAUAUGUGUCUAUGAAUCCAUAAGAAAUAAAUCCCAUUCACCAUAUAAGACUCUGUAACAGUUAUAGAUUAAACUGUAUAAAAACUUCUAUUUAUCUCUAAACAAUGAAGCUGGACAUUUUUAUACCUCCUCUAAAAUAUUAUUAUACAUAUUUCACAAGAGUUCUUCUUUGUUGAGCACUUCAUGAAAGCUUCUGAUAACUGCAGUGACAUUCCUCAGCAGCUGAUUCUGAUUGUCUUUCUCAGAGGAUUCACUUUCACACCAGUGAGCAUGAGGUCGCCCUAUUUCCCAGCGAGGUCCAUGCUCUUCCGCAAGGAGCCAAACGGGGUGACGUACAGGGUCCCAGCUCUGCUCUACCUGCCCCGCACCAGCUGCUUCCUCGCCUUCUGUGAGGAGAGACUCAGCCCGUCCGACUCUCAGGCUCACCUGCUGGUCAUGAGGAAAGGAACCUUCUACAGGAACUAUGUGGAGUGGGAGGACAUGCAUGUUCUGGGCACCGCCUUCCUUUCAGGUCAUCGCUCCAUGAACCCGUGUCCGGUGUACGAUGAGUUCACAGGUACCCUCUUCCUGUUCUUCAUCGCUGUCCUCGGCCACACCUCUGAGUCCUACCAGCUGGUGACGGGGAAGAACGUGACUCGACUCUGCUUCAUCUGCAGCACAGACGAAGGAGACACUUGGAGCCCUGUCACCGACCUCACACAGAGGGUGAUAGGAGACACUAUCAAAGAAUGGGCCACUUUCGCCCUCGGCCCAGGCCACGGUAUCCAGCUGAAAUCGGGUCGUCUGCUGAUCCCUGCCUAUGCUUACCACAUCGACUGCAAAGAGUGUUUCGGACAGAUCUGCCAGACCACCUCUCGUGCUUUCUGCUUCCACAGUGACACCCACGGGCGAACGUGGCGAUUUGGGGAGGCCGUGCCGGGCCCGGAGAGCGUGGAAUGUCAGAUGGUUUCAGUGGAUGAAGAGGAUGGGACUAAUGUGUUGUACUGUAAUGCGCGCAGCCCUCUGGGUUACAGGGUGCAGUCGCUCAGUCUGGAUGAUGGAGCUGCGUUUCAGGAGGGGCAGCUGGUGCAGCGGCUGGUGGAGCCUCGGAAUGGUUGCCAUGGUAGCAUAGUGGGGUUUCCUGCCCCUUUACACUUGUGUAAAUCUCUUCCUCUUU